GCCGGAAUAUAUGCAAUCGUCAAGCGGUGAGCUGUCGGGCUUCCUCGUGCUGUGAGGUCAGCUCAGCUCUUAGGCAUUCAGUGCAGGGCCGCACAGCCCCUCGGAGAGCUGGUGGAGUCCCUUAAGGGGGAGAGAAAUAGCUUUUGGAGGGAAGGGCCCCUCAUUAUGAGGCUGCGAGCGACAUGGCAGACGGCGCGCUCGUCCUCUGCAGGCCGUGGCAGGCCAGGGCAGCCUUAGGCCGUGGUUGGAGAAGCCAUGGCGGUUGCGCGGGCCACUCAGAGGAAGCGGGCGGGCUGUGGGAACCACUGACGUGUGACGGGCGUGGUUUGCUGCAGCCAGGAGCGAUCGGACUUGAGGUUUAUCCGGUCUUGAUUGGGCUAGAUAGGGCCUGUGCGAUCCGAGUCUCAUCAACGUGCGACAUAGCCGCAAACAAUUCAUCCGAUGCCCAUUCCGAAACUAUCUAUCGAAACAAUGUUUGUUGUGAAGCUUCGACGAGGCGCUGCCGUGAGAAACGGGCAGUCUGCAGCUGCAUGGGGAACCAUGGUUCGAGAACGCCUCCGGCUGAAGACCCCUGUCGUCACCCCAUAAAGUCCUUGAUCUUGCUCACUUUGAGCUCAUCCAUGGCUCAGUGAUGCGUGCGACAUUCGUCACCGGACUGACCACGACUGUCAAUCGGGCUGGCGGAUGACCCCUCAAGGAGCAUGUUGGCGGCGGCGUGGAGUGCGG